CUAACUUACCACAUUUCCGGUUGUAUGGAUUUAACUGCUAAACAUUUUCCCAAUAUUCUUCAACGGUCAACCCGCUUCGCAUAGGGAAGUCAAUAAAUCGGGCCUCCCUUGGCACUCCUUGUAAACAAGAAUAGUAUCCAUCAUAGACCGAACAUCGCCGCAAAAGUGCCGUCAAAUCAACCGAUUCAAGCAACAAAACAGUACCCACCCACAUCACGCGCCCCGCUUCAUACAAUUUUUUUUUGCCAUUCAACCCACUUCGGUGAAGUGGUGACUCGCGCUGAUAACCGCGCCCCUUCCCAUCCCUCCACUCACCAACCACUUCCCCAGACCAACUUCCCCCUCAAAAUAAGCCAUCUCAUCAAAAACCACAACACGGCACACAAUCCGUAUAGAACCGCUCUGUCAGUAUCAGGCCCGGCUAGACCGAACCUUCAAGUCGAGCCGCGCUGCUUGGAUCCGACCGAACCAAAGCGACAUCCACCGCUGAAGGGUCUACCCGAUUGCUGCCGAACAAAGAACGAAAUAGUUCGACAAAAGCAUCCCCCGAGAAGACGUUCGAAACGAUGGCAGGAUACACCGGGCGCCGAGCGCCCAAUGUUGCUCAAUACCUGCGAGAACUGAAUACAAUCCAGCCGGCAACCCCGGCCGCAUCGGCCGACGGCUUUGGAGGAAGCCUGGAUGAAGAUCUCAUGAUGUUCACCAACACACAAUUCUUCGACUUCGAGACGGGAGAGAACACCGACUACCAGUCGCAACCGCACAAAGAGACACCGCCGAGCACAGUCAGCCCGAGCGAGACCCAACAGCCCAUGUCGGCGGCCGCAUCAACGACGACGAUGGACGACUUUAGCAGCAUGGACUUCAUGUCAGGCGACCUUAACUUUUCCGACUUUGGCGGUCCAUAUGCAUCAUCAACAAUGCACAGCUAUCCGGAGCCCCUGAGCAGCCUACAGUCAAUCCAGCCAAACCCACAACAGGCUUACCCCAUGGCCCCACCUUCACAAAGGCCACUGCCGCAGCAACCAAAUGCCUUUGUCGCACAACAGCAACAGCCUAGGUUAGCAGCCUCAUCCACCAAGGUUCGGUCACCAACAGAGCAGACCAGGCCGACGAGCCAGGAUGAGUCAUCGCGCCUCGCUGCUGAAGAGGACAAGCGUCGUCGCAACACAGCCGCUUCUGCGCGCUUCCGCGUCAAGAAAAAGCAGCGUGAGCAGGCACUCGAGAAGAGCGCCAAAGAGAUGAACGACAAGGUCAAUGCUCUUGAGGGCCGUAUCAACCAGCUUGAAACAGAAAACAAGUGGCUGAAGAACCUCAUAAUGGAGAAGAACGAUGGCAAUGAGGAUAUCGCCAAGCUCUGGAAGGAGUUCAGCGCAAAGCAGCAGGCUGGUGAUGGUGACAAGAAUCCCAAGGCCGAAAAGAAGAAGCCCGUAGCAUCGCCAGAGGAACAUGAGGCAGGUGACUUUACGGGAUGAUCCGUAUGGUCGGGGGGCAUUAUCACCAUAUAUUUCGAGAUUCCUGUCUGCAUCUAUAUGGCAUUUGGGUUCUAGUAUUGUUUACUGUCUUCAUUUUCUUUUGGAAAUUUGGCGUGCGGAACUAUGGCGUUUCUUCAAAACUUAGCGGCCUUUGGCGGGUGACAAAUGGAACGGGCGGUUGUGGCUGGUUUGCCAUGUUGUGAUUAAUACUUUUUUUUUUGUAUUUGGUCGGUGUUCUUCCAUGGUGAUCUUUUUUUUUUUUUUUUUUCCUUUUUCGAUACCCCCAGCCGCUCGUUCACCGAGUUCGGCUUUGAUUGGGAUGAGACUUUAUCAAGUAACGAGCCAGUGAGAAAUAGAUUUACGUCGUACGAUUUACACGCAUGUACAAACAUGCAGUCUGGGAGUGUAAUCGUGAGUUGAGAGCUGGGCUCAUCUUGUUUGGC